AUGGCGUCCUCUUCGGCACCCAAGACGCCGCUGUACUACGCCUGCAUAGCCCACAACACCACCAUCCUCUCAGAAUGCACAACCAGCGCCUCGAGCCAGACCUCGUCGCUCUCUUCCCUCGUUCUCCCCAAGAUCACCCAUGACACUCCACAGAAGAUGACCUUCACCCACGGUUCCUACCACAUCCACUACAUAUCGGAAGCGCCCUCGUCGCACCCCGACAACCCCUCCGCCGGUGGCCUGACCUUCCUCGUCAUCGCCGACUCCUCCCUCGGCCGCCGCAUCUCCUUCGGCUUCCUGUUCGAGAUCCGCAAGCGCUUCCUCGGCGACUACGCUGACAGCCACUUCUCCGACAUGCCCAACUAUGGCGCAGGCUCCUUCAACGCCGAGCUGAAGAAGCUCAUGGUGGACUACGGCACCACCUCGGGUGGCCAGCAGGACGCCAUCACCAACGUGCAGAAGGAGAUGGACGAUGUGAGGGGCAUCAUGACCAAGAACAUCGAGGGCUUGCUGGAGAGGGGCGAGAGGAUCGACUUGUUGGUCGACAAGACGGACCGGCUGGGCGGGAGCGCUCGCGAGUUCAGGGUCAGGAGUCGGGGGCUGAAGAGGCAGAUGUGGUGGAAGAACGUCAAGCUGAUGGCCAUGCUAUCAUUUGUGCUGGUGCUGAUCAUCUUGGCCAUCGUCAUCGCCGUCAAGAACACCUUCUCAUGA